GUACAAUUGUUAAAGAAAUUUUUAUCGAGGUAAUCCACGAUUAACGAUGACGGAAGAUUAUUUUUGGGGAGUUACCUUAAGUAACACAAACAAGGAAGUUAAGUGGGAACCUGAUGCAUUGAAAGAAAAUGGAGGUAUUGGGGAAAUAUCACUUUCAGCCAAGGGAGAACACACUUUAAUUAUUAAACAAGCAUUACUUAGUCCUAGUGCUAAAGAUUCAGAGGUUAAUGUUAUUGAAGUGGAAACAACUGGCUACAAAGGGAAUAUUAGGCAGCCGAUAAUUGCCUUGGUCGGGGGUAAACAGCAGCAUCUAUUGCUCGAUUUAAAUUUUCCAGAUCCACCAGUUAUGUUGAGAUUAAUUGAAGGUCAUGGGCCUGUUCACAUUUCUGGAAAUCAUGUAAUUAAUGCUGAACAAUACAAUGAUGAAGAUGAUGAUGAUGAGGAUGAUGACUUGGAUGAAUUUGAUGAACAAGGAUUGGAAGAAGAAGAUGAAGAAGAUGAAGCUGAGAUGGAAGAAAAAAAGAAAGAAGAUAAAUCUGUGAAAAAAAGGGCAAAUUCGAGCUCUGGUCAGUCGCAAGCCAAGAAGAAGAAGAAAACUGGAAAAGAUGAUUAACCAAACUACAGUGAUUAACUGUUAAUUAUUUUUCAAACGUCUUUGUCUUUGACCGGAGAUUUUUUAUUCCUUUCUCUGGGUAAAAUUCUAUUUGUGGAAAAAAAAUGUUUAAAACAGGGGCUCCAAACAUUUUGUUCAUUUGCUUU